UUUGCUUUUUGUUUGUUUUCAGCAAUCAGGAUGGCUUCUUCUCCAACUUUGCUCAUGCGAGUGGUGGCCUCUGCGUAUUCAGUUGCAGAGAAAGCUGCAAGAAUUGUUAGAAAUAUAAUGGCUACAGGAGAUCUGGGGAUAGUGGAAAAGAGUGGAGCCAAUGACUUACAGACCAAAGCUGAUCGACUGGUACAAAUGAGCAUUUGUGCAUCACUGGCACGCAAGUUCCCCAAAGUGACAAUCAUAGGAGAAGAGGAACUGCCCCCUCAUGAUGUAGCUGAGGAAUUGAUUGAAGAUGGCCACUAUGAAGAAAUACUGAAGAAACCUUGUCCGCCUCAGUACACAGGAAUUAAAGAGGAAGAGCUUGUAAUAUGGGUUGAUCCUCUGGAUGGGACCAAAGAGUACACCGAAGGUCUCCUUGACCAUGUAACAGUUCUUAUUGGAAUUGCUUAUGGAGGCAAAGCAAUAGCAGGAGUUAUCAACCAGCCAUAUUACAACUAUGAGGCAGGANCUGAUGCUGUACUGGGUAGGACGAUCUGGGGAGUGCUGGGCAUGGGCGCCUUUGGAUUUGAGCUCACAGAAGCACCUGCUGGAAAACACAUCAUUGUUACCACCCGUUCUCACAGCAGUGCCCUGGUAAAUGACUGCAUUACUGCCUUGAACCCGGACACUGUCAUCAGAGUUGGAGGAGCAGGAAACAAGGUCAUCCAGCUUAUAGAAGGCAAGGCAUCUGCUUAUGUAUAUGCCAGUCCUGGGUGCAAGAAAUGGGAUACAUGUGCACCUGAAGCUAUUCUACAUGCUGUGGGAGGCAAGAUAACUGAUAUCCAUGGAAAUUCAUUCCAAUAUAACAAAGAAGUGAAACAUAUGAAUUCAGCUGGGGUUCUUGCCACUUUGAGGAACUAUGAUUAUUAUGCAAGUCGCAUUCCUAACACUGUUAAACAAGCUCUUGUGCCUUAAAGCAAGAAUGGGUCUUCACUUGUCCUGGAAAGCUGAUCAAGCAAGCUUGAAGGAAAAAGAAGAAAGAAGAUACUGAGAUUGAAAGUUCAUUUUAUAGAAUCUGAGCCUAAUUCUUACAUUAAACUGUUCAAUAAUUUCACAAUU